UGGUGGGGUGGUCCUGAGUCCCUCCCCCUCCGAGCUGGCGCCUGUAAACUUAAGGUCCUUCCGUAGGCUGUGGGUGGUUAAAGUCACCACGGAAAGGGUGGUGAGGGAUGACGACGGUGAGAUUCGCGGACUCUGCCCUUCUCCUGAGGAGUUAGAGACCUCCAGCUGCAGUCAGAGGCUGGAGGAAACACCUGAACAUGUGGAAUCCCAAUGCCGGACCACCAGGGCCAAAUCCAUAUCCUCCUAACCUUGGGUACCCUGGAGGUUCCAAUCCUGCCCACCCACCGCCUGUAAAUCCUGCCUAUCCUCCAGGCCCCUUUCCAACUCCUCCAGAAGCUCCCCAGGGGAAUCCAGCUUUUCCCCCCGGUGGGCCCCCUCAUCCUGUGCCACAACCAGGGUAUCCAGGAUGCCAACCCCUAGGUCCCUACCCACCUCCCUACCCACCACCUGCUCCUGGCAUGCCUCCUGUGAAUCCCUUGGCACCUGGCAUGGUAGCACCAGGAAUGGUGAUGGACAAGAAGAUGCGGAAGAAAAUGAAGAAAGCUCAUAAAAAGAUGCACAAACACCACAAACAUGGCAAGCAUUCCUCCUCCUCCUCCUCCUCUUCCAGCAGUGACUCUGACUGAAUACAGGGCCUGGACCCUUCCCUCAAGCCUCUCCAGUUCUGCUCUCCCAUCAAGCUUCAGAUGCCAUCUUGUUACUGGGGAAAAUUAGCUCUUGUGCCCUUCCUCGCUCACCUUCCCCUCCCCCCCCCCCCCCCCCCCCCCAGCCCCUACAAUCUGAGCCUUCCUCUUCUGUUCAGCCCUAACUGGCUAGGGAAAAUGGGAAAAGAAUUCCCAUGGGCUAGCAAAGACCUUCUUCUCACUACUGGGAUAGAACUUUUAGCUGAUGAGUUUAGCAGGACUAUUUUUUGAGGAUGAUGAGACCUUUGAGCUAAGUGCUGAAGACAAGUUUAAGAUCUGUAAAAUGUGGUUUUGUAAUACUUGUAGUUGGGAGGUGUUGUGGAAAUUUAAUUACAGCGAAAAAGAAACUGUACUGUUUUUGUAAGGUGGCUGGCACACUUUGGUAAUUUAGUGGCAAAUACAUUUCCCAUCAGGCCUUUAUUGAUCGUACUAACUGGAAGGCUGCUGGGAGGUGGAGUCCAUUUGGAACCUAAUCUCACUCCUUAGCUUGGUAGGCUGGCUCAGGUCCUUCUUAUUCUCCAACUCUCAGUGCAAAUAAAGCUGUUUUUCCUUGUC